CUCUGAAAUCAGAGAGAAAAGAGAGAAAAUGGAAGGUUCAUCUUUACGCCAUGGACAGGCAAUUCUAGUUCUGCUUGUUAUCCUUCAAUUCACCACCUACAUAGUGCUGAGCUCAGCUGAUGCACCAUUUGACAACCAAAGAAACAUUGAGUACAUCAGAUCUUCAUGCAGCUCCACAACUUAUCCCAGAUUGUGCAACCGCUCACUCUCGAUCUACGCAAGCAGAAUUAACACCAGCCCCAGAUUGUUAGUCCAUACUGCCCUAAACGUGACCCUCAAAGCCAGUAUAUCAACUUCGAGGUUGAUGGUAAAGAUCUCGAGAAUCCAUGGUUUGAAGCCUAGGGUAUCUGCUGCCAUGGCGGAUUGCGUCGAGGUGAGCGGAGACUCAGUAGAUGAGCUACAACAGUCUAAAGGAGAACUUGAUCGAAUUACAAGCUCAAAUUUUGCCCUCACAAUCAGUGAUAUUCAGACCUGGGUUAGUGCAGCGCUGACAGAUGAAGAUACUUGCAUAUAUGGAUUUUCUGGGAAGUCCAUGAACGGAUAUGCAAAGACUACAGUAAGAAAAAGGAUUAUUAAAAUUGCACAUUUGACGAGUAAAGCCCUGACUCUCAUUAACAAAUAUGCCUCAACUCAAAGUAGCUUACCUUAAGGAAAGUUUGCAGAUCAUGUUGUGAAAUGCAUUAAGGGGAUACGAAAUUUUAGUGUGUCAGAAGUGUGAACUGUUUGUGUAAAUGUACUAGAAUAUCUAGUUGUGGAUCAAGGUUUAGUUUUCAAUCUCGUUUCCCAA